AUGUCUUCCUAUCUCAUCACUGGUGCGAGUCGUGGUCUCGGAUUCGAAUUUGUUCGGCAUCUUGCUCAGAAUCCAAACAAUACUGUCAUUGGCCUUGUCCGGAACAAAGUUGCGGCUGAUUCAAAGGCCAAGGAAGAGGGUCUUCAUAAUGUCCACAUGGUUGAGGCCCAGUAUACCAAUUUGGCGUCCCUGAAGAAAGCUGCAGAAGUGGUCAACGAUAUCACCCUGGGAGGUCUGGACUAUCUAGUCAACAAUGCCGCCGUCGUCUCGCAUGUCAGCGAAUUCAAAACAUUGGGCGACUUUGACGAUGAUUUCGAGACUUUAGAAAAAGAUCUCUUGGAGUCGCUGGAAAUCAACCUUCUAGGCGUCAUGAAGACAAUCCAUGCCUUUGUACCUCUCAUUCUCAAAGGCAAGGGCAAAAAGGUCAUCACUAUCUCCAGUGGUAUGGCCGAUAUUGACCUGAUUAAUGCGACCGAGAUCGCUUUCGGUGGACCAUACGCUAUCAGCAAGGGCGCCAUGAAUGUCGCCAUUGCCAAGUACAACGCCCUUUACAACAAGGAUGGCAUUCUUUUCCUCGCCGUAAGUCCCGGAUAUGUUUCGACUGAGCGAAACAAUGUCGAACCCGCACCAGAAGAUGCUGACAAGGUGGCUACUCUUGUGGGCAACUUCGUCAAGUAUGCACCGCAUUUCCAGCGCCCUCUGACACCAGAGGAAUCGGUCGCUGCGGUCCUUUCCGUCAUGGAUAAAGCCUCAAUCGCGAAUGGAGAUGGCGGUGCCUUUAUCUCCCAUUUAGGAAAUAAACAGUGGCUGUAA